AUGGAUAUCAAUAUUUUUAAAGCACAAGAUGCAGAUACUAUUGUUAUUGAUGACACUAAUAUGAAAAUAUUGGAUGACUGUGUAAGCGAAGAGGAUGAGGAUGUUAUACCAUUAAGUGACAAUGGUAAUGAUAAAGAUGAUAAUGAGGGUGAUGCAAAUGAAGAUGUUCAAAACAAAGAGGGUGAUGACGAACAGAAUGAAAAUGAAAAACAAUCGAAAAACGAUGAGGAUAAAAAUAAUUCAAAUAACGAAGUCGAAGUUAUUGACAGUACUGGAGAAACUGAUCCCAUGGAAAAUCAACCGGAUAAUAAAGAAGAUGAUGAUGCUCCGGUUAUUGUCAUAGAUGUCCAGGAAAAAAUUCAGACUGAUGGCGAAGAGGACGAAGAUGAAAUUGACUUCACUGCUGAUGUUAAUCUUGAUCAGCUCAGUGAACUUGAUGGCAUGCGUAAUACUACGCAAUUGGAGAAUAUUAAUAAAGAAAAUGAAGGUUCUGAUAUUGUUAUUUUGAAAGAUUCGCGUUCUGGUCCUAAAAAUCAAGAGGAAAAAACUGGUCCCGAGUGGUAUGAAACAAAGCUCACAGAAAAAAUGACCACUGCCAAAGAACGUUUGUCAAAACUAUCUAAAGUUUUGAAAAAUUCAUAUGAUUGUUAUAAAGAUUAUUUAGAGAGGAUUGAGGCUGCUUCUGGAUCACCAGUUUGUCGAGUAAUUAAUCCAUGGCGUUGCCCUUUGGAUCGUCCCCAUAUUAAUCGAUGGAAAUUUGCUUAUUUUGUAAUGCGUGCUGUCAAGGUGUUUGAAGAAUUUAUUAACUCGACAAAUGAAGAUGCAGAGACAAAUGAUAAAAAUGAUGAAGUUCAAGAGAUCAAAACAUCUGAGAAGAAGCAAGAAGGAGAUGAAGAAAAAACGGCAGAAUCAACUGAGAAAAAGAAUGACGAACCAGCUAAAGACACCGAGUGUUCAUCAGAAAACGUACCUACUGAAAAUGCAGACCAGUGGAUGUGGUUAUUGGUCCGUAGUAACAGCAAAGAUGAGCUCAUGUUGUUCGCUGCUGGUAGAGCUAUCUCUGGAGACACUAUGGAGAAAUUGAAAAAAUUGUUUGAGUCAGGAAAAGGCAAUGAGUGCAAUAUCAAGUCACUCUACUGUAAAUCAUUGCUGAAAAUUAAUAAUGUCCAAACCGCCAACACAACAUUUUUGGUAGGAACUGAGGCAUUAGAUGAAACAGUUGGUGAUUUAAAAAUACAGUUAGCUCCAAAGACAAACUUCUGGUUAAAUACUGAUGGCGCGGAACAAUUAGCUAAAGCUGUUGAAUUUUUAUUGUUCCCUAAUCCUACUAUUACUGUACUUGAUAUUGGUUGCGGUCUCGGUUUAAUUGGACUUAUGAUGGCAUCCAAAUGUAAAAAUGUAAUUGGAUUAGAUGUUUCAACAGAAAUUGAAGAAGCUGAAAUGACAUGUGAAUUGAAUAAAAUAAACAAUGCUUCAUACAUAACCGGUAAUUCAAACGAAAUGUUGGCAACUUUAGCUAAGAAAUUAACAGGUUGUCGAGCAUCAGCUGUUGUUAAUGCCAGUACUAAUAUUGGUCGCAAUAUUGAAAUAAUGAAAGGUCUCCGGAAACUUCCUAAUGUCCGUCGAGUAGUUAUCGUAACAACACUAACAAAACAAUCAGCUCGUUCAAUACUUGAGUUGAUUCAACCCGCUACAGAUGCUUUAGGUGAUCCAUUCAUACCCACGCGUGCUGUUGUAGUCGAUACUCUUGCUACUGGGCCGCAAUUUGAAGUUGUAAUUAGAAUGGAACGUCGUACAAUGCGCCGUGUAUUGAAUUCAUUUUUACCUAAAAAUCCAUCGUUAGUUAAAAAUAAUAAUACCAAUAAUCAACCAUCUAAAAACAAUAAUCAAAAAGUAUCAACGCAAAAAAGUAGCUCACAGAAAGAUAACACGAAAAAUGGACCUACGAAAGAAAUUUCUCCAAAAGAAAGUUCUCAGAAAUCUAAUAUUCCACCGUCGAAAUUAUCAAGAAAUCCUCGUAGAAGAUUUUUAGGAAAUCAACGAGCGCGUCUUGGGGACCGAGUAGCAGUACCUUCUCCCCGAGCAUCGCCUAAAAAGUUGGUUAAAAAUCCGUUUUUUGACAAGCCUCCGAGAAAAUCUUGGCACGCUGAAAAAUUACCUUCGCCGUCUGUAUCGCGAUCUCCGUUGGACUCCAAGAUACCUAAAACUACUCCACUACGCAAUCGUCGACCACGCAAUCGUAGAUCAGAGCCCAUAAUUGAAUCUAAAAGUUCACCGAGACGAAAGCGUGAAUGGGAAAAUGAUGGGUCGCGAGGUGGGCGAAGUGGACCUCCCGAAAAAAGAGGGCGUGAUCAAGAUGAUGAUUUACGUUUUAGAUUGUCAGGUAAUCGUUCUACUGAGCCUGACCUAUUGCAGAAGAUGAGAGACCAGCAGCGUAUGCUUGAAGCUGCCAGAGUUAAAUUGACUACAUCAGCUGAGGAUGUGCGUGGAUCGACAGCUCAGCAGAUUCAGGAUAUUCUUAACUUGGCAAUAGAGCACACUAAUCAAGUUCAAAGUCAAUUGAGACGCUCUGUGUGGGAACGUAUUGCACCACCCGAUAAUGUACGUCGAGAUUUGCCCCAAAAUGAAGAUGUUGUUUUCAGAGGACGUCAGGUUAAAGAAAUUGGACAGCAGGAUAUUAUAAUAACAACUCCAAAUCGUGAAUUUUUAUCGACAAAUGAAAUGUUACGUCCGAGUUAUUUGACAGGAGAAUCUAAUCAGAUGAUGCAAAACGAUUACAUGCCAGAACAAAAUCAAUUAUCAUCACGUUAUGAUAAUGACGUUGUUCAUCCACGUGAUGAACGUAAUGAUUCCUGGUCACGAGGUAACAGUCGCAAAGAAGCGUUACCACUUUCACGAAGAAAUUUAUCACCACGUCGUGAUAAUCGUCGUGACAGUCGUAGAUCUCCACCAAGACGAUCAAUGCACUCGCCACCAAAGAGACAAUUAUCACCACCCAGAAGACCGAUUUCUCCACACAGGCGUCAAAUUUCACCACCCAGACGUCAAAUGUCUCCACCACGACGUCCCAUGUCACCUCAGAGACGUCCAAUGUCGCCACCCAGAAGACUACUCUCUCCUCCAAGGCAGCAAUUGUCGCCGCCUGGAAGGUACUUUUCUCAAUAUGACAUUCAGCAGCAUCGUCAAAUGUCACCACCGAGACAUUUUUCACCUCCACGACGUCCUGUUUCUCCUCCGAGACAUCGUCCCAUGUCGCCACCACGUCGUCAGUCUCCACCGAGGCGCCAAUCAUCUCCCAUGCGAAUUCCCGGCGAUGAUUGGGACAUUCCAAGCCGAGGCGCUUCUCAGCAGCAUCCUCACUGGCAACAAUCACUUGACAAUCGCUCGGCUGGUCCAAGAUUCGAUCCAUUGCCACCACCUUUGAUGGGUAAGAAUACACAAAUGAAUAUUGGAAACGGUAAUAAUCGAAUGAGUGGUGGUGGUGAUGCUUGGAACAGUAACAACAUAGGAAAUAUUACUCCGGAAAAUCGAUUUGGUGGACAAAGUAAUGACUGGAACCCACGGGAUAAUGAAAUAUUCAAUCACCGUGCUGGUAAUUGGGGUGAUGGUAAUAAGAGAGGUCAAAAGUCACAGAUUAAUAGUUCAUGGAAUGCUAAUGAUAAAGAUGAUUGGAAUGAUUUGCCGGAAGAUGCUAGAGAUCCUUGGGGCGAUGAUGCUAAUAGUAGUUUAGACAGAGACAUGAGUGGUCCUAACUUUGACAGAGGCAUGGGUGGAAAUGAUCGUGGUAAUGAAAGAGGUUUAGGAGGCAAAGAAAGAGGACUCUUGAGUGACAGAGGACUCAUGAGUAGUGACAGAAGUCUUUUGGGUAAUGAUAGAAGUCUUUUGAACAAUGACAGAGGUAUGAAUGACAGAUGGAAUUUUGGAGGCAAUAAUAAUAAUUCUUCACAAAAUAAUUGGUCACUUGGCGGACCAAUUAAUCAGAAUCCUUCCUGGCAAUCCAACUUAGGAAACAACAAUCCUUCUGGCAAUAAUUCUCGCUGGAGUGGGCCGAAUUCAAACAUGAAUAUGCCUCAAGCACCUGGUAAUAUGUCAGGUAAUUGGUCAGCAGGCAGCACUUGGCGUCCAAUUGGAAACAACAUGUCCAGCGGAUUCCCAUCUCGUCCUUUCAAUACUUUCAAAUAA